GCGACGUGCAGACAUGGCGUUUGUCUCUGUUUGCUAAACAUUAGCUUCAUGCAAAUGUAAAAAAUACAGAUUAUAGAUAUUUUUCUGACGGUGGAGGCUGUGGUGUGCGUUAUAUGAAUCCAGCAUGAGCGGGGGUUUAGCACCAAGCAAAAGCACAGUGUAUGUGUCCAACCUGCCGUUCUCUCUGACCAACAAUGACCUGCACAAGCUAUUUACCAAAUAUGGAAAAGUUGUCAAGGUUACAAUUGUAAAAGAUAAAGACACUCACAAGAGUAAAGGGGUUGCGUUCGUUCUGUUCCUGGACAGAGACUCAGCUCACAAUUGUGCAAGAGCAGUGAAUAACAAACAGCUGUUUGGCAGAACAGUGAAAGCAAGUAUCGCCAUCGACAACGGACGAGCAGCUGAGUUUAUAAGGAGACGUAACUACACAGACAAGUCCAAAUGUUAUGAAUGUGGGGAUACAGGACAUCUGAGUUAUGCAUGCCCCAAAAACAUGCUGGGAGAGAGGGAACCUCCAAAAAAGAAAGAAAAGAAGAAGAAGAAGAAGCUUCCAGAACCUGAGGAGAUUGAAGAAGAAAGUGAAGAAGAGGGAGAGGACCCAGCCUUAGAUAGUCUAAGCCAAGCGAUAGCUUUUCAGCAAGCUCGUAUCGAGGAAGAGGAAGUGAAGCAGAAGAGGCAGGCAGUUUUGUCACAGGAGGAAGAGGCUCAUCCCUCUACAUCUUCGGAUUCCAGGAAACCAAGGAUCAAAAAGAGCGCAUACUUCAGUGACGAAGAAGAACUCAGUGACUAAUGUGUAAUAAUACACAAUUUGGACUUCAGCAACAAAUUGCUACACAGAUACGGAUUUAGUUUUGUAAGCUGGUUUUGUCACAGUGGGGGUGUUAAAACAUUCUUCUUUAAACAUUGAUGAAUUUUUAUUUCUUGUACAGAGAGCUGAGUCAUUUUUAUGUUUCUAGAUUCACAGUAUGAUUGUUGUGUGGAUGGAUUGUGUGUGUGUAUGUAUUUUUGUCAGUUAAUAAAACCUUGUUUCUUAAUGACCAGA